AUGACUGUCACUGCAGUGUCCAGUGAAGCCCUCUCCAUGUCUUCUCACGAUGAAGCCCUGAAAACCACUGAGGAAGUGGCUCUUCAGAUCCACAUACAUUGUCAGGUUUGGGUAGGGACUGUAGCCAACAUCAUUCUGUUUGUCCACAAUUUCUCUCCUGUCCUGACUGGCAUUCAGAUGAAACCCACACAGACGAUUCUCAGCCACAUGGCUGUGGCCAAUGCUUUCAUCCUCCUCAUCACUGUGUCUCCAAACAAUAUGAUGGAUUUUGCUUCAAGGACUCUUCUGACUGACCUCAGAUGUAAACUUGAGUACUUCCUUCGCCUCAUGGCUCGAAGCCUUAAUAUGUGCUCCACCUCUGUCCUGAGCUCCUAUCAGUUUGUCACUCUUGUUCCUGGUAAUAGGGGUAGAGUCAUGCUCAGAGGAAGGGUCCCAAAUUUGGUGAGUUAUUCUUGUUACAGUUGUUGGUUGUUCAGUGUUGUAAAUAAUGUCUACAUUCCAAUGAAGGUCACUGGUCCACAGAAAACAGGUAAUGACACGGUGUCUAGGAACAAGUUUGUCUGUUCCAACUCUAGUUUCAGUAUAGGUGUUAUCUUCUUGCGUUUUGCCCAUGAUGCCACAUUCAUCAGCAUCAUGGCCUGGACUAGUGUCUCCAUGGUUUGUCUCCUCCAUAGGCAUUACAGACAAAUGCAUCACGUCCUCACUCCAAUUCAGGACCACAGAGUCCAUGCCGAGACCAGAGCAGCCCAUACCAUCCUCAUGCUGGUGGUCACAUUUGUUAGCUUCUACAUCCUAAAUUUUAUUUGUAUCAUCUUUCACAGUUUGUUAAUGGACUCUCGUCUCUGGCUGAGACAUGUAAGUGAAGUUUUGGCUGUAAGCUUCCCCACUAUCUCUCCCUUUCUGUUGAUGUUGAGAGAUCCUAAGGAUCCUUGUUCUGUGCUCUUCACCAUUGAAAUCCAGAGUCUUUAG